UGUACAUGAAGAGGAAGAGCGAGACUGCAGUCUGAAACAUGGACAAGAAAAACAAAAUAGAGGUUUAGAGAUUUUAUGUCUUUUCGUAAUGAUAUCACAUUUCGGGUUCUGAUCAGACGUCUCAUGGAGGCAAUGCUGAGUAACCCUGCAAUCAUCCGAUUAUGGAAGUCUACCUCAAACUGACCGGGAUUCUUCUAGGAACAAUUUUUUCUGAUUGGCCGAAAACCGUCCUGUCCCGGGAUUUUACUCUGGGGGACAUCGUUCAGCUCCAUCCAUCAGCAACUCCACACCCUGGAGGGUUUAAGUGCUUCAUCUGUGAGGAUGCUGAAGAUAAUUACUCCUGCAACCGCUGGGCUCCUGACCAAUACUGCCCUAAAGACGCCAGAUUCUGCUACACUCGUCACCAGAUGAACGCUGAAAGCGAAAGUGUCUCCGUCACAAAGCGUUGUGCGUCUCAGGAGGAGUGUGCGUCCACAGGCUGCAUCCAGGACGAAGCCCACAUGGUCUGCACUUCCUGUUGUGAAGGAAACAUUUGUAACCUGCCCGUGCCAUGGAACGAGACGGCGGCCAUCUUCUCUACCACCUCCCCAUUAAACCGAGGGAUCAGAGAGUCUUCAGAGAAAAUAAUUUCUCUCAGCAUCUUCAUCUUCAUGCUUAAUAACUUCAGUUAUUGUUGCGCUCAUCAUUAAUAUGGUUCCAAUUUGUAAAACUAUUUUUAGUAAAUGUGUAGCCCUAAUAAUAUACACUAUAUGGGCCAAAGUGUUGGGACACCUGACUUGUGGUCAUAUGUGGUUCACAAAGUUGGAGGGAUGCACUAGUAUUUAAUUAUCCCUUCACUUGAACUCAAAAACCCAAAUCGGCUCCAGCAAUACACCUCUGCACAAAGACAGCUCCAUAAAGACAUAGUUUACAUGGGUUGGAAGUGUGUGGAAGAGCUUCACUGGCCUGCUGUAGAGCUCUGACCUCAACCCUGUUGAACACCUUUGGGAUGAAUGUGAACGCUGACUGCAUCCAAGACCUCCUCACCUUCUCCCCUACAUCAGUUGAUAAUCUCCACAAGCACACUCCAAAAUCUAGUGGAACCUUUUCCCCAGUGUGGAGAUUAUCAUAGCAGCAAUAUGGGACUAAAUGUGGAAUGGAAUGCUCAAAAAGCACAUAUUAAUCUUAUGUUCAGGUGCCCACAAACCUUUUAUAUGGUGCAUGUCAAAUUUCUGAAAUAUGUCACAAUAUUUCUUCUAAUCAUGCUCCUGAGAUAAGAUUUCAGCCUUGUCUUAUGCUUUAACUUUCUAUACAGAGUAAGAGUUUCAUAAUGACAGUCAGAAAAAAAACUAAAUAUCAAAGCAUUAUUUUCAUUCAAAUUUUAUUCAUGCUUUAAUGAAUUUAACCCCAUACACAGCUUAGAUAAAUACACUUAAAAAAAAAAAUAGUGUUCAAGCAAACAGUGGAAGUCGAUUUCUUUGUCUUUUGGUCACGAAAAAUAUAUUUGAAACCAGGUGUCAUGCAGAAUUGCUGUGCUGGUGUAGAAUCAGUUUUGGCAUUUGUAAUGAUAAUUUAUUGAGUAAUAUUAUAAGAGUAAGGUGGAGACUGGACUCCAUGUUCUCAGGGUAAAUCUGUGACGUGUCAAACAAUAUUAUGGUACAAAAUAUUUUUUUAGCAAAAUUGGAAUUUUGUCUAAACAGUUUACUGAUAAUAUUCUGCACGUGAUCAGUCUUCCUAAUACACUGAUCACUGCUGGUGAAUUGUUUCUUGUUCAUCAAGUAAGGCACAUAUCUAAAGGCACUUUGAUCCCCACUUACAAAAACCUCGUCUCGUCGCCCCCUAGUGUCCGUCCUCAAUCCUACAUUAAAACAUUGAGUGAAGAAAA